UGCAUCCUUAGCUCUAGUAAUUUAAAUAAUAAUUUUAUUAAUAAUAUAUAUUGUGAUAUAGAUAAUAAAAUUAUUAAAGUAAAGAAAUUGUGUCAAUACAUGGUAAAACUUAGAAUCAAUAUUAUAAUAUAUAAGAUUUUAUUGUAAAUUUCUCUUCGACAUUUUGUAAAAGCCCUGAAGACGCUUAUGUCGUACAUGUCGAAAGACUGGAGCGUGACCGUGAAUAAACAAGACCGCAAAACGAUGUUAGGCGUAGCAAACAUCACCAGGAAGCUGUCGAUAAGAAGCACCGUGCUCGUCAUAAUAGUGGUAUUAUCUUACGUCGGGUUUCGAUUCCGCGAAAUCCAACGAACUGGUCGCCGACUGAUCUUCCAGGCAAACUUCCCUUACAACACAACCAGCAGCCCUUCUUAUGAGUUGACCCUUUUCGGUCAACUUGUGGGUACUAUGUACGCGGCUGUUACUUAUACGGCGGUGGACACUUUCAUUGCGACCCUAGUGCUUCAUAUAUGUGGCCAGCUUUCAAAUCUACAUCGCGAACUGAUAAGUCUGAGCGCCUAUACAAAAGUGGAAUUUCAGACAAAGCUGAAAAAUAUCGUGAGAAAGCAUGAAUAUCUCAACAGAUUUGCAGAAAUAAUUGAAGACUCUUUCAACAAGAUGCUUCUGCUGCAGAUGCUGGGAUGCACGAUGCAACUCUGUUUUCAAGCGUUGCAGGCGUUCAUGACAAUACAUUUUGCCGACAAAAUGGACGAAAUGUUGAUGUUUAAAAUCAGUUUUUUGUUCCUCUAUGUAAGUUACAUAUUGCUGCAAUUAUACCUGUACUGUUAUAUCGGCGAGAAACUACUUGUCAAGAGCACACAAAUAGCAUACGCAGCAUAUGACUGCAGUUGGUACAACUUGUCAGCGCGCGACGCAAGAUCAUUAGUGACUAUCAUGUGUCGAGCUCGGACGCCAUUACAAAUCACCGCCGGUCGGUUCUGCUCUUUCAACCAGGAGCUCUUUAGCGAAGUUCUAAAGAAAUCAAUGGCUUACAUGUCAUGUAUCUACGCAAUGAAUAGCUUCGAUUGAAAAUGAAACAAUAAAUUAUACAGGUUUUCGUCAGUGGGAUCCUUAUCUAUAUUGCUAACAGUGAGAGAAAAUAAUACUGAAGAAAUGACAAUGAAUUAAUUUGUCGCAUAAUUGACGACAUCAAUUUUUAAAUAACAAAAUAAACAGGUUUACAUGCUUGCAACAUGAAUUUUGAAUUGGAAAAUUUUCAUGGAGUAUCAAAGUAUUAUUCGACUAUUAGUUGCCUUGAACUAUUUACUUGCCUCCGUUUAGGAAUUAAUUAACUAAAAGUUCUUAAAAGAGAAGUUGUUAAAAAAAAUUUACUACAGGUAAAAAUUGUAUUCAUAUAUUUUAAAAAGUUUGUUAUUUUAUUUUCAUGUUUCGGAGCAAUCCAAAGUCGUAUUGACAGCUAAUGGCGCUCGUGAAGAGAUGAACAAACUUUUUCUUAAUAAUUACAAACUAGAUUUUAAUAAUUACACACUUGAUUCCACAACAAAUUAUUUUAUACUUUUUAAAUAAAUAAAUAGAUUAUGUAAAUUUUAAGUUAAUUGUUGUGCUCUGUCUUUGAAAAAAAUUCUUAAAAAUGAUCUUGAAAAUAGCCUUCAGCACAAACUUUCUCCUUAAAUUAAAUGUUAAUUUGACGAUAAACAUUACAUCAAUUUUAUUGUAUUGUAAUAAUACGUACCUCUAUUAAACAAUUAAAUAUAAUUAUUGCUUGUCAAACGCGUUAGCAGUUUAUGAUAACUAAAGCUUACAUGUAUUGUCAACAAAUUAUAAUAAAUUCUUGACAGAUAAAUCGAUUCGCAAAUGUCGCUGUGUGUUCAACACGAUAGUAACCUUCUCUGGCUUGAUUAUAGUCUUUUAUACGGACCCAUGCACUACAGAACAUUGUUGUGAAAUUGGAGGGUUGUACGGAUAUCAUUUUCUGCAUCGGAGCAUGCGUGAUCCUCAAAGAAGGGAUAGGGAAAAAUCGAUCGUAAUAAUGUUUCAGUUGUUGCAUCGUCGACAUUCGUUAAGUAUCAAUGGAUGCUGAUCGAGGUACGCGCGAAUAGAGACUAUUAUGCGCUCGUGUAAAUUGUUAAUAGAUAAUUAUCCAGAUAGAUACUCAUGUCUAAAUCUACAAUGUUAGAGUAGAAAGUCCAAAGCAAAUUUAUCACAUAAUUUGUGAAAUAUAGUGCGCUACAAAUUGUUAAAUGCUCGAAAUAAGAAACAUGUGUCCUAUUUUGUAAUGAUAACAGUUAUAAUUAUAAUUGAA